ACUCCCACUGUGGCCCACCCCCUACAACAGCACCAAGUCUGUUUUCAGGCAGUGGGAGAGCAGGGCUGAGAACUUGCCCCAGGCUACCCACUUACCAGCUGCAAAACCAAGUAGGAUGUUUGUUCUUCCCAGGCCUGUGGAGUCUGCACACUGGAUUCAUAUCUUUCUCCGAGUCCUGGCCAGGAGACUUCUCAAUCAGUUCAAACUGUUACAAAGUUCAGCUGGAGAUUUCCUUCUCCCUGUGGCCUUUUUCCAGUGCCUCUGACUGCCCCCCACAAGGAGCCCUGUGAGGCAGGGCAGAAAUGGCUUGCCAGGGGACCCAGUGAGUCCACAGAGCUUUUCCUGCUGCUUCCUCUACCCUGUAUUUUGCUUGGCUCUCUAAAUUGAUUCAACUUCAGGAAAGAAAAGAGACUUCUUUUCUAGCCAAGAUGAAAGAUACACAAGACAUUCAGGAAGCUUCGGAGGCAAUGCAGAAUAAAGUCCGUGAGGAGGAAGAUAAGAAUGAGAAACAAAAACAAAGAGAAGACAAACUUGGAGUAUAUUCUUUAGUACAUUUUUCCCCAAAGAUGUUGGGUUCAGUUGCCACAACACUGCCAUUGUCAUCUUCAAAUUCCAGUGGAAUGCCUCUUGGUUACUAUCUGUCUAGUCCUCAGAUUAGUAGAGUAACUAUAUCAACAACUGGACAAUUGAUUUCUAAAGCUACUGUAGGUAGCUGUUCCCGAGUGGAAAACAGCUUGGAUGCCAGCCCCUUCUCGGUUCCAAAGAAACAGGAUGAAUCACCCAUGAUUGGGGAUGGAGAAGAUUAUUUUCUUUCUUUGUUUGGUGAUUCAAAGAAACUUAUAGCACACUCAAACUACACUCAGAAAACUUUAAAAUACUUUUCUAUGAUUCUUGAAGAAGUUGGCCAAUUUACCUCCAGUUCUCUUGGAGAUGUUGAAAUAGCUGAAGUGAAUGUCAAGGGUUUGUUUGUGAAGCUCAUUAACUCUUCCCUUGACAAAGAAAUGGCAAUUGGAGAUCAUAUUCUCCAGCAAAAUGUGAAUGGACAAACCAUUUCUUUGUACCGAUUCCUUCCAAAUAUGGUAAUGCAGGCAAAUUCCACAGUAACAGUAUGGGCAGCAGCAUCUGAAGCAAAGCAUCAACCUCCAUCAGAUUUUCUUUGGAAGGAACAAGACAAGUUUAGAGCAAGUCCUGAUUGUAUAACAAUCCUGUGCAAACCGAAUGGUCAAGCCAUUGCCUGGUACACCCCUAUCCACUGGAAGCAAGCAUGGGAAAAAUUAGAUACUGACAUUGAAUUUAACAGAUGUUCAGUAGUAUCUCCAACAUUCCGAAAGCAUGUGUUUCAGUGGACAGCAUCUACAACUACAAUAACUAAAGAAAAACAAGAUCAACCUAAGAAAGAUAUCUCAAAUUAUCAGGUGGAACAAGCUCAAGUUCUUCUUAAGAGAGAGAAGGAAAUCCCACCAACCGUUUUCCCCAAUCGCAGCCCUUGGUGCCAGAAUCCCUAUGUCUCUGCACAUCCUUACUGUCCUUUGAUUGAACCACACAGUAUAUCCACCGCUGGAGGCAGCUUGGAUAGACAGCCCAGGUCUCGGUCAACCAGACCUAAUCGAGCCUCAGCAAGAAGGCCCUAGCAAGACGCUGACACCUUAGUAUUGGACUUUCCAACCUUCAGAACUGUAAGCCAAUAAAUUUCUAUUAAUUAUAAAUUACCUAGUCCCAGGUAUUCUGUUAUACCAGCACAAAACAGACUAAGACACCAUCUUACCCUACAGCCAGUACCAGGAUUUUGAAUGACAGAAUGAUAACCUCAUCAUCCUUUGUUUUUGCUGGCCAGUUCCAUAUUUUGAAUGAAAAUCACCUGGCUCCUGUGAGUUAUUUUGUAUCCUCUCUAACUUAUCCUUCAGUAUCAAAUUUGAAGGAUUGUUUUGAGGGGUCUGAAAUUCUCAGUUUUUGCUCUAUCUUGUUUCUCCUUUUUCCGUUUACUCCCAUUGACACACAGGGAGUCUCAAUUGUACUUUCAUCCCAGUCAGCAGCUGCCCUAAACAAGAAGACGUGCACCAUCAUUAGUGGUGCCAGGUGCUGGCUUUAGCAGAACAUAUUCUAAAUGUAACUGAUCAAUGGCUUAUAUAUUAUCCGAACAGUUUAUUGCAGUUGGAGUUCUCACUUUAGAUUAGCUCCCCUAGAGGGGUUUAAAAAAAAUUAUACAUACAGCUCUGUUAUAACUGUGGCUUUUAAAGGUCUUUUUUUAAUUGUAAAUGUUCUCUGGACCCUUACUACAUUUUUAAUAAUUGACAACAGAAUUCUAAAAGCCUCCACAUCCAUGCUUAGGGGACCUUGUAAUCAAAGGACAUAAUCUAAUCCGUGACAGCAUCUCUUAGGAGCCUCAGGAGGCCUGAAGAUGCUGGUAUGGUGCUAAAAAGAAGAGAUCAGCAGUAUCAGAGCUGAUACUGCUGAUCUUCUUCAGGGAAUAAGAGAGGACUUUAGCCUACAAAGCGGGUGCCCUUAUCCUCACAUAAAUUCCUCUGCUGAUAAAACAAAUGACAGAGCAAAAGGUGUGGUUGAUAAUGGUUGGUAUUGUGGCAUAGAGAGUGAUUUGAAAACCUCUCUUGACCUUGGAAUCCUUCCUGCAAGUAUCAUUAGGUAGGAGGGACUGGUCUGGUUGAAUGAGAGGCAGGUAAGGAGCCUUACCAUCUGAGCUUCUCUCCUCCCACCAACACCUUCUCCUUUCCUCCCAUCAACAUCAGAUGGGAUCUGCUGGGUCACUUGGACAGCACUGCACUGAAUCUUUGUCCUCAUACAAUGAUACAGUUCAUAGGCCAUAGGGAAGAGCCAUCCCAAAUCUAACCCUCCAAUGGAUGCCAGACUGGUGUAUAAUAAUCACUUAGGGAGUUGGUGAAUAUUCUGAUUGCCAGGCCUGAUAAAAGUCAGUAGCUGGUCCUAGGAAUCUGUUUUUAAUAAGAUCCUCAGGUAAUUCUGAUGUACAGACAAGCUUGAGAACCAUGGUCAUGGCAUGGACAAAAACCUAUACUUAACAUUUCUGCAAGUGAGGACCAAGGACCGUCUGCAUCAGAGUCACCUGCAUGUCUGAGAUGUGCACAUUAGGACAUGGAAGGCUUCAUUGAGAAAUGGAGCACUGGGGGCUGCUCUGGAUGAAUUGAACAAGAGUUCAGGCCUUCACCGUGUUGAAGUAGGAAGAUUUGGAAAUAUUUCCAUAUGCAUCAAAAUUCAUAUCCACAGCUUCUCUUACAGAAUCUCUGAACUUAAAGCAGGACCAAUGGCACUUCUGGGAGACUCACCAAUGUCUAUGCACCAUUUCCUUAUUGUCUUCUCUCUUCCCCCUCAAUAAGAAUCCUUUAUCAAGAUUUAAGGUUCAAAAUAUCAGCUCAAACUGAUUCAUGUUCUUCCAAAUCCCUUGGCUUAUUCUUAGAUUUCUGUCAAAAACUAAAGCUCUUUUUUUCUACACCUGCUAGUGUCUCCUUUUCCCAAGGCAUGAAGGUGGAAAAUCCUACAUGCUUGAGGUGAAGAAAGGGCCUUGGGGUACAAGUAAAUUCAGAGGAGAUACACACCAGUGCUGGUAAUGUUUUGUUUCUUAAGCUGGGUAUUAGGCACACAAGUGUGUUCAGCUUACAGAAACACACUUAGUACACUUGUGAUUUAUGUACGUUUCUGUCUAUAUACGAUACUUCAAUAAAAUGCAUAAUAAAAAGUGAUUAAUAUCUCAAAAUGUUAUUGUGCUCAUCGAUCAAUUGGUAGCUCAAUAGAGACAAAGAUAAGAAUACAGAAAAAAUCUGAACAAAAUUUGUUAAUGGGGUACGGUGGCUCUCGCCUGUAAUCCCAGCACUUUGGGAAGUGGAGGUGGGCAGAUCGCUUGAGCCCAGGAGUUUGAGACCAGCCUGGGCAACAAGGUAAAACCCCGU